UCCGUUUUAAAAAGCAGGCCGAUACGAGCCGAGCCGUGUGGACCACCGCAGUGCGUAAAGAGCCUGGCGAAGCAGUGAGGAGACGAACAAGGCUUCACGAGAGAGAAAGAAGCAGAGGAUGUCCAGAGCUGACUGGUCCUUCCUGGAGCAUCUGCUGGAGGAGGGCCAAGAGUACUCGACUGGCCUCGGCCGUAUCUGGCUCACCGUGCUCUUCCUGUUUCGUAUGUUGGUGUUGGGAGCUGCUGCCGAAUCUGCCUGGGAUGACGAGCAGCACGACUUUGUCUGCAACACGCGCCAGCCUGGCUGCACCCCCGUGUGCUACGACAAAGCCUUCCCCAUUUCCCACUUUCGCUACUUUGUCCUCCAAGUCAUCUUCGUGUCCACGCCGACCAUCUUCUAUUUCGGAUAUGUGGCUAUAAGGGCCGGGAAGGACAAGGAAAAAGAGGAAGAGGAGGCUGGCGGAAGUAAGAGAGGAGAUGGGAGCAAUAAGAAAGUGACACAAGUGAAACAAGAGGAGGGGGGGAAAGGUAAAAAAGCUGAAAAGGCUACUCCUGAGGCCCCUAAACUGAAAGGCAGGCUGCUGUGUGCGUACGCAUUAAGCAUCCUCGUAAAAGUCCUCCUGGAGGCUGGCUUCAUCGUGGGGCUGUGGAUCCUCUACAACGGCUUCAUCAUCCAAUCAAAGUUUGAGUGCACAGGGUUCCCCUGUCCGUACAAGGUGGACUGCUUCGUCUCUCGGCCCACGGAGAAGACCAUCUUCACCAUCUACACUCAGGUGAUCGCCGCCAUCUCCCUGCUCCUCAACCUCCUCGAGCUCCUCCACCUCCUUCAGCUCGCCAUCUCCCACCAGCUGGAGAAGCGCUACAGUGCCCAGCGGCGAGAAUACCUACCUCAGCCUGAGAAAGUACCUGCCGGACAAAAGACUCCAGAGCUUCAGGCGGCGGUGUCACAGUCUUACACAGCAGGGGGUCACACCAGCCUGCCCAUGCCGAGUGAGGCUGCAUGCCAUUCCAAUCCCUGUGAGAGCAACGGGGAUCUGGCCACAGAGGCCACCUGGGGCCCUGGGGAGGCUGGCAGUGACCUGCUUCCUAGUUAUAUGAACUGCAUGGGCGCAAUGAGGACGUCACAUUCGCCAAGAGUCCAUUAUAAAAAACAAGCGCAUCACACGGUUAAAAACAGUAAGGGUGCCCAUAAGGUCCAGUCAAAGCUGAAACAUUAUGUUUGAUGCAGUCAGAUGGUGUUUAUGACUAUGAAAGCCUUGUUUGGUUUCUUGCUCUUUUUUUUUUUACUUAUAAGUGGAAUCCUGCACAUAACCCUUGGGUGUCAGGAGUGCGGGCCGACAGCUCAAAUAAGGGAGACAUGAAGAAGAACAACUACUGCACUGUGAACCGCCAUGCCUCAGAGGCAGGUAGACAUUCAGCCAGAGAUUCACCAGAUAAAUGAGGCUAUUCAAAACGCAACAUUCUGAGAACACUCCCCAAGGCAAAGACAACGAACACUCGGCCAUGAGAAGAUUACAGUCAUAAGAUGCCUUCAAAUUGCAUUUAAUGGCUCUUGGUGCUCGAUGCGACAGUGGAAAAAAACACUGCAGUGGGGGGUCCGAGGGAAACCGUGUGAGUGUGUAUGGGAGGGAAUGCGGCAGAGGCAGAUUUAAGCAUAUUCCUCUGAGAUUUGCACUGUAACCCAUGGAGCUGUUGGAAGCACCCCCCCCCCUCUCUCUUCUCCCCAAGGCUGUGUCCACACUGUGGAAUGUACUGGUCUCUGGGUCCUCGCUCCAGCUCCCAAGAGGAUAAUGGCUGCGUGGACACAGGCACGCACGCAGGCAUACACAUGCACAUUCACAUGCACAUGGACAUACAAUGUACUUUUCCCCUUUCACCCAGUGUGUUUUGGCCACUUGAGUUGGGGAAGUGGAGUGGGAAGUCAUGGGAAUUCUGGCGAAGUGUGAGACUUAUCAUUUCCAGUAUCAGUGGUAUUUUAUUCAUGGAGAAAGCGAGAGGACCACAGCAUACAUCAUCAACGCCGCUGAAUAAUGGAGGGAAGGCGAGCAUCCAGUUUGAAAAGCGAACCUUUUUAGUGAGCUUGAGAGAGUUGAGAAAGUAAAUAAGUGCAUUUGUGAUUGCACGGUGAAUGGACUGAAAGAGGUACAGAUAUGUGCAAGUUCAACACCAGGAAAUGAUAUAUUAUUAUAUGAAAACUGUAUUUAAUGUUUAAGCUAUUGUGACCAAUUGUUAAUAUUUAUUAUUUUGAAUACAAUAAAUUGUAAACUACUA